GUCACCGUCAUCCACCCUCCGUCUUCCCCCCACCCGUCCGUCACCAGUCACCACCUCACUCCACGUCUCCUCGGUCCCUCCCGCGCUGCUCACUGCCCACCGACACUCUCCUGCGCUGCGCCGCCAUGGACCGCGACCCUUCCGUCUCCGACGAGGACGACGACCUCGAGACCCUCGUACCACAGAACCACGCCAAGCCCCCGUCCCCCUCCGCCCGCUCCCGCUCGCCGCCCUCCUCCUUCAGCGUCGCCGCGCUCCGUCCGACGCUUCCGUCCUCCGCCGCCUCCCUCCGGCGCGUCCUCUGGUCCCGCCGCUACCUCGUGCUCUUCGUUUCCCUCCCGCUUCUCUUCCUAAUCCUCUUCUUCUCCUACGGGGGUGCGUCCUCCCUCCGCCUGCCCGCCUCCAUCCGCCUCCCCUCCGCCGCACCCGCCGCCGACCCCGCGGCCUCCCGCAUGCGCGAGGCCGAGCUGCACGCGCUCUACCUCCUCCGCUCCCAGCGCUCCGGUCUCCUCAGCCUCUUCAACCGCACCGCAGCCCCCACCAACGGCUCCGCCCCCGCCCCCAUCUCGCUCUCCGAUCUCCAGUCCGCGCUCGAGAGCCAGAUCAAGAUCAACCGCGAGAUUCAAGCGGCGCUCCUCUCCUCGCACCGCUCAGGGUCCGGCAAUGCGACCGAGGACGGCCUGGAUCUCGAUCUCCCUUUCUCCGGCUGCAGGAAGAGGGAAUUGCCGGCCAGCCGGCGGACCAUUGAGUGGAACCCCAAGAAAGACCGGUUCCUCCUAGUCAUCUGCAUCUCCGGGCAAAUGUCCAACCACUUGAUUUGCUUGGAGAAGCACAUGUUCAUGGCAGCGCUUCUUGGACGUACCCUGGUGGUGCCCAGCCAGAAGGCAGAUUACCAGUAUGAUCGGGUGCUUGAUAUCAACCACAUUAAUGACUGCAUUGGGAGGAAGGUUGUGAUCACCUAUGAGGAGUUUGUGGAGAAGAGGAAGAAAGUGGCCAUCGAUCAGUUCAUAUGCUAUGCAGCCUCGCCUCCAUGUUUCCUUGAUGAGGAACAUAUUAAGAAGCUGAAAGGACUUGGGAUUUCUCUGAGCAAGAUUGAGGCAGCUUGGCCAGAGGAUGCAAAGCUGAAGGAGCCAAAGAAGAGAUCUGUUGGGGAUAUUGCACCAAAGUUUUCGACAGAGGCUGAGGUCCUUGCCAUUGGCGACAUGUUUUAUGCUGACAUGGAGGAUGAGUGGCUGAAUCAACCUGGUGGUCCAUUGGCUCACAAGUGCAAGGCAUUGAUUCAACCAAGUAGGCUCAUAGUGCUCACUGCUCAACGUUUCGUCCAGACUUUCUUGGGAGGAAACUAUAUUGCCUUGCAUUUUCGACGGCAUGGAUUCCUGAAAUUCUGUAAUGUGAAGAAAGAGAGCUGCUUCUUCCCCAUCCCCCAGGCUGCAGAAUGCAUUCUGCGAAUCGUUGAGAAGGCCAAUGCACCUGUGAUAUAUUUAUCUACUGAUGCUGCUGAGAGCGAAACAAAUCUUCUGCAGUCCUUGGUUGUGUUCAACGACAGGCAAGUCCCUCUCGUGAAGAGGCCAGAGCACCACAGCUCCGAGAAAUGGGAUGCCUUGCUAAACAGAAACCGCAUGGGUGGAGAUGGUCAGGUUGACGCGAUGCUUGACAAGACGAUCUGUGCGCUAUCAAACGUAUUCAUAGGAUCGUCAGGGUCCACCUUCACGGAGGACAUCUUCCGGCUGCGGAGGGGCUGGGGAUCGGCGUCGCACUGUGACGAGUACCUCUGCCAGGGCGAGCUGCCUAACUUCAUAGCAGAGCUAGAUUGAGAAGGCAACUUCCCAGGAGGAUCGAUAGCUGCAAUUUUCUCCCAUUCGUGUCCAUAUGUCCUGUAAAAAAAAUGGUGGUGUGUACAUCUAGUGUGAUUUGUGGUGGUGCUGGUGUGUGUGUGUGUUGGGGGGCGGGGGGAAGGUCUCUGUAUCGGGGAUGUCCAUUGAUUUGUUCGGUGUUAUUCUUGCACAGGUAGGCAAUAAGCUUUGAGAGAACUCUUUGCCGUUGUGUUGGGGGCCUUCGGCUUACGAAGGUCCUCAAAAACAGGAUUUAACAGUAUUUCUGGAGCAUAAUGUGUGAACAGGUACCUUCGGACCCGAGUCGGAAUUACAGUAGGAGAAGCCUAAUACGAAGGUUGAUACAGCGCCGAAGAUGUGAGCGGGAAAGCUUCGGCGUGCUAGCAGAAAAUGAAACCGACUUAAAGAUGAAAAGACUAUUCAGACCUCGGUGGAAUACUAUAGAAUUAUUACCAAAUGUAAAGGGCAUGAAUGUAAUUUUGUAUGGGCUGUGUCUCGUGUCUAUAAAUAGGUGAACAGUACCCCCGUACUGUUCACGCUGAUUUGACACUGGCUUUUGCGUCAUACCUGUACUUUCAUCUCUUUUCAAGUUGAAAGGUACACUUGUCAUUCGAUGUUAUUACUGUUUCUUCACAAUAAUAAUAAGUUGAUAAUAAUAUAUAA